AUGUCAUCAGACUCUUCGGAUUUAAAUCAUGGAUUUGAUUCUGAUGUAUCGAGUGAUGAUGAACUAGUAGAUAUCCUGUUCCAAGGCCACAGGAGACAAAAAACGAACGCUACCUCGAAGUUACUGUAUCUUGCCACGGGAUGCACUUAUUCUGCUUUGGCCUUAUAUUUUGCAAGAGGAGUUACGACAGUAUCGUUUAUAGUAAAUGAAACAACAUUAGCUAUUUGGAACACUCUUCACAAUGUUUAUAUGAAAAUUCCCUCUAACGAAAAGUGGAAGGAAAUAGCAAAUCGCUUUUACGAAUUAUGGAACUUACCUAACUGCUUAGGAGCAAUUGAUGGCAAGCACGUUAGAAUACAAAAAAUUCCCAACUCUGGAUCAACAAAUUACAACUACAAACACUACCAUUCAAUUGUUUUACUUGCGGUUUGUGAUGCAGAUGGCUUAUUCACAAUGAUAGAAACCGGCUAUACAGGCAGAAAUAAUGAUGGAGGAAUUUUUCGUGCAUCAUAUUUAGCUCAGUGGUUGGAAAGAAAUGGUCCAAAUCUACCCGCUAGUGCUUGUUUGCCACAUGAUGAGAGCCAGGAAAAAGUACCAUAUUUCUUCGUAGGAGAUAACGCGUUUCCCUUAAAACGAUAUUUAAUGAGACCAUUCCCUAUACAAACACUGGAUAAUAAGAAACGUAUAUUUAACUAUAAGUUGAGCAGGGGACGAAAAACCAUAGAAUGUAGUUUUGGCAUGACGGGACGUGGUAUUCGACACCAACAUCCGAACAUCGACUGA